ACCCGUUAAUAGACUGUCUUUACCUCCAUUGGCUAAUCCGGUCACAUGGGUGCCUAACUUUAUUCAGUUGACAGCAAGUAGGAGGGCUUUAUGGAGGGAGAAAAAAGACAACUCGAGAAAAAUUAGUAUUUUCUACCUUCAGAAAUUAAUGGCCAUGAGUUCGUAUAUUGUGAACUCCAAGUAUGUGGAUCCAAAAUUCCCUCCUUGUGAGGAAUAUUCGCAAACCAGCUAUAUACCUGACCAGGGCACAGAGUAUUACAGUCCAUCGCAGGACACUGAUUUCCAGCAUCCAGGAAUCUAUUCACGGUCAAACUACACCGAGCAGACCUUCAGCUGUAACACUGUGCAGGGCUCCACAGUACAGCCGCGGGGUCAUGUGCAGGAGCAGACCAGCCAACUUAGCCCUUUCACCGCUCAAACAGAGCCGUGCCCACCGGUCCAAAUGUCCGGCCCGCGGACAUGCGGACAGCAACAAAACUCAAAAAGCCAAAACGGGAUACAAGCCAAACAGCCAGCCAUAGUCUACCCCUGGAUGAAGAAAGUCCAUGUUACCACGGUGAACACGGAUUACACCGGAUCAGAGCCCAAACGGUCACGGACAGCUUAUACAAGGCAGCAGGUUUUAGAACUGGAGAAAGAAUUUCAUUUUAACAGGUAUCUAACAAGACGGCGUCGCAUUGAGAUCGCCCAUACCCUCUGCCUCUCCGAGCGCCAAAUCAAAAUCUGGUUUCAGAACAGAAGAAUGAAAUGGAAGAAAGAUCAUAAACUCCCAAACACAAAAGGCAGAUCAUCGUCGGCUUCCAGCCAACAUUUACAAAGUGCUCAGAAGGACAACCAGACUGAUAUCACAACUUUAUAAGAAAUAAAUUGGGGAGACCAUUCCCUCUCCUCAAGAGUAUAGUGGUAUGCUAUACAAAAGACUUUGCUACAUCAGACUCUGCAUGGUUACCAAACAUGACAUUUUUGGUCGUUGCCAGUAAGGUAGAACAGACGCAAAGAUGAUAAACUACAGUCUCGAGAGCUGCGGUUUGUGGACUCUAUACAGAGUUACCAUCACGUCGACCAUUGUAACUGUUACGUGGCACGGAGGAUAAGAGUACACCAUCACUUGCUUCUAGCAAUAAGGUAUAGUAGUCACUAGAAAAAACGAACAAAAUUUUUAAAUUAAAGGACUGGCACAUUCUUGUGGUAAUAUUGUUCACUCUAAUAUGCUAUGUGUAUUGUAGUCAAAUACUUCCCCAACGUGCAUUUAAGCAGGUUUGAGAAUAUGACCUGCAUAUCAUUUCUUUGUUGUUAUUUAAAGGUGAAAGCAAAAUUAUAUGUGAAGCUUUUUGUGAAUAUGAAAUUGCUAAUGUUACGUGAUCAAAACGAGUUUUUUAAAGGAGUAUUGGGUGCAUAUAAUUUUAAAUAAUAAAAUCAGUUAUUGCA